AUGCAACAAGUCUUGGACACCCUGAGUGACCUCCCCAACUCCAUGGGAGCAGGAGAUCUGGACCUCAUCUUUCUCCGUGGCCUCAUGGAGAGUCCAAUAGUAAGAUCAUUGGCUAAGGCUCACGAGCGUCUGGAGGAAACAAAGCUGGAAGCCGUGAGGGACAAUAAUUUGGAGCUGGUCCAGGAGAUACUCAAAGACAUCUCCCGCAUUGCUCAGCAAGACAGCACGGCGGCUGAAUUGGCCCGCAUUCUGCAGGAACCUCACUUCCAGUCCCUCCUGGAGACUCACGAUUCUGUUGCCUCCAAGAGCUACGAGACUCCACCACCCAGUCCUGCGCUGGACCCCCUGUUCAACAACCAGCCAGUACCCCCAGAUGCCGUGCGCAUGGUGGGGAUUCGGAAGACUGCCGGGGAACACCUGGGUGUGACAUUCCGGGUGGAACGAGGCGAGUUGGUCAUUGCCCGUAUCCUGCAUGGUGGUAUGAUUGACCAGCAGGGGCUGCUGCACGUGGGUGACAUCAUCAAGGAGGUGAAUGGGCAGGAGGUGGGCAGUGACCCACGGGCACUCCAGGAGGUGCUGAAGAAUGCCAGUGGAAGCGUUGUACUCAAGAUCCUGCCAAGUUACCAGGAGCCGCACCCUCCCCGCCAGGUCUUUGUGAAAGCCCACUUUGACUAUGACCCGGCCACCGACAACCUCAUCCCAUGCAAAGAGGCUGGACUGAAGUUCAUCGCUGGAGACCUUCUUCAGAUCGUCAAUCAGGAUGACCCCAACUGGUGGCAGUCAUCAGUGCUUUCAGAUUUAGGAGAGUUUGACCGCCAUGAGCUCUUGAUCUACGAAGAGGUGGCACGCAUGCCUCCCUUCCGCAGGAAAACUUUGGUGCUCAUCGGUGCCCAGGGGGUCGGCCGACGCAGUCUGAAGAACAAGCUGAUCAUGUCUGACCCAUCUCAGUACGGAACCACCAUCCCAUACACUUCCCGAAGGCCCAAGGAGCACGAGCAGACGGGGCAGGUGUAUUGCUUCGUGACUAGGAAUGAGAUGGAGGUGGACAUCAAAGGAGGUCGCUACCUGGAACAUGGCGAGUACGAGGGGAACCUCUAUGGGACCAAGAUUGACUCCAUCCAUGAAGUCAUCGAGUCAGGCAAGAUGUGCAUUUUGGAUGUCAACCCACAAGCUGUGAAGGUUUUGAGGACUGCUGAGUUCGUUCCCUACGUGGUGUUCAUCGAAGCGCCAGAUUUCGAGACGCUACGGGCCAUGAACAAAGCAGCUCUGGAGAGUGGCGUGGCUACCAAGCAACUGACGGAGGCUGACCUGAAGCGGACGGUGGAUGAGAGCUGCCGGAUUCAGCGGGGCUAUGGGCAUUACUUCGACCUCUCCUUGGUCAACGACAACAUGGAGCGGACAUUCCAGCAGCUGCAGCAGGCCUUGGAGAAGCUGCACAGCGAACCGCAGUGGGUUCCCGUCAGCUGGGUGUACUAG